UCCCCGGUUCAUCAUGGCCAGCCCACCAUCCGACCAGAGCAAGGUGUUCAACGAUCCCAUCCACGGCCACAUGGAGAUGCACCCUCUGCUCGUCAGAAUCAUCGACACACCUCAGUUCCAGAGGCUCCGUCACAUCAAGCAGCUCGGGGGGGUCUACUAUGUUUUCCCCGGAGCGUCCCACAACCGCUUCGAGCACUCCCUCGGGGUGGCGCAUCUGGCUGGAGAACUGGUCAGAGCUCUGCAUCAGAGGCAGCCGGAGCUCGACAUCACCUCCAGAGACAUCCUCUGCGUGCAGAUUGCCGGGCUCUGCCACGAUCUCGGACACGGGCCUUUCUCCCACUUGUUUGAUGGAAAGUUCAUCCCCAAAGCGCGCCCAGGUCACGACUGGAAGCAUGAGGACGCCUCCGUUAAAAUGUUAAACCACCUGGUGAGAGUUAACAAUCUAAGGCCGGUGAUGAGGAGGCACGGCCUGGUGCUGCCCACGGACCUGGACUUCAUCAAGGAACUGAUCACCAAACCGCAGCGCCCGGAGCGACGUCUCUCAUGUCCCCCCUAUAGAGGCCGUCCAGAGGACAAGUCCUUCCUCUAUGAGAUCGUGUCCAACAAAAGAAACGGCAUAGAUGUGGACAAGUGGGACUACUUUGCCAGGGACUGCUACCACCUGGGCAUCAAGAACAACUUUGACUAUAGUCGCUGCCUGAUGUUCGCAAGAGUGUGUGAGGUGAAGGGGCAGAAGCAGAUCUGCUUCAGAGACAAGGAAGUGGGCAAUCUGUACGACAUGUUCCACACAAGGCUUUGUCUCCACCGGAGAGCCUACCAGCACAAAGUGGCCAACAUCGUGGAGACUAUGAUCACGGAGGCCUUUUUGAAAGCAGACGGACACAUCCUGUUUGAAGGCUCUGAAGAGUCGAUGUCUCUCUCCGCUACCAUCGACGACAUGGAGGCCUACACCAAGGUGACAGAUGACGUCUUUGAUCAAAUACUCAACUCAUCAUCCGAUGAGCUGGAGGAGUCAAGGAACAUUCUUCAAGCCGUUGUGGGUCGACGCCUCUACAAAUGUCUCGGCCAGGCUCAGCCGACGCGACGCGUGAACCUCACAGACAUAGAAGCGAGCUGGGAAGCCGCUCUGACUCGACAGUUCCCUCUGGUUCUGGAUAGUGAGGACUUCUUUGUCGAUGUCAUCAACUUUGACUAUGGGAUGAAGGAGAAGAAUCCCAUCGACAGCGUGCGCUUCUACAAAAAGGCCAACCCUAACAGAGCCGUUUGGAUCCGCAGGAACCAGGUGUCUAACAUCCUCCCUCAGCAGUUUGCAGAACAGCUGAUCCGAGUCUACUGCAAGAACAUGGACCCACGGAUUCUGGAGGCGGCCACUGAGACCUUUGCCCAGUGGUGCCAGGACGAGAGCCUCGCAAUGCUUUAGGACGAAGACAUAAAAGCCCCGCUGAACCUCCUCUGAAGACCAACAGGACGACAUGAAGGAAGUAAACCCAGUUGGUACUAAUGUAGAGUAGAAAGCCAGCUUUUUAAAAGAUAAGAAAUAGAAAUAGAGCACAGAACCCUCCGACACACAAACAUAAUCUAUAUGAUGAAUAUUUUUCUACGAGGUGUUGGUGAUCACAGCAAGGAUUAUAAUAUCUUUGCACCAAAAAGAAGGAUGCGGUAUUCAGGGGGCUUUUAAACUCUUUAUUAUAACACUUAGUUUUAUCCUUUUUAAUGUUGGUUUUAUUUGAGAGUGUGUGUAAUAGAUCCUGCUCCCUUUCUUUCUGCUCUAAGAGGCACAACUCAUAUUAUUAUUAUUACAUUAUACUUAUAUAAUAUUAUAUAUAUUUAGACGACUACCAGCGAGGCCAAGAUCGGCCGUCGGACAAAGCGACCUUGAGUCGGCGUUGAUUGUUUGGAGCGACGCUCUGCAAAAUCUACCUUUAACAUUAUCAAGGUCUUAUGUGUUUUCUGACAACAUUUGAGAGGGAUCAGAUUAACAUGUGAGGAGCAGGCUAUAAAAAGAAAAGUAACUUCCUGUUGCCACCAGGUGGCGUGAUGACUGAGGUUAUGAAUGGUCAUAUGUAUGUCUACAGGGUAACGAGGUCAUGACGAAGGAGAAAUAUGGAGCACAUUAGAUAAAGUACGGUCUAGUUAAAACAACUUUCAUUUUCAUGGCAAAUAGUGUUUUUUUGCUGAUGCUCUGCGCUCAAAUAGUUCAAUAUUUUUCAAGCUUUAUGCAAUUUUUAAAGGCAAAGGUUUCAGGAUCACACUGCCCAAAUUUAAAAAGAAUCAGGUUUAAUCUCUAGGAGGAGUUUGGUCUUUCACAACUAAAAAAUUAGGCUAAAAAUGCAGAUAUUCAGCGAUUAACUGCAGCGCCCCCUAGUCUUCCAAUAUGAUUAAACAUUAGGGUAGGUUUGGGGUGGAAUAUGUACAUAUGCAACUAAUGUGAUGAGAGCAGACCGUGUCAUUUGGGAUACAUGUGUCUUGCCAGAUUAAGCCACACUUCUUGGAAGUUUGUUGGUCCAAAUCUUCUAAAAACAAUGAGAUCAACAAGCAACAAACAAGGUACCAGGUGAUAUUGAACCAAUUGGUCCACAGAAUAUUCAGUGAGAAUCGGACACAGCGUUUAGGAGAAAUGGGCAAGAAUGUGUUUUUGACAAAUAAUAAUUAAUAAUUGGCAGCCAAACGGUUCUGUGAACAGAUUUUGACGUGUGCGGAUUUAGUUUUCAGAUCUGUGUGACGUUGUUUAUUGUGAGUGGCUCAACUUUAAGAUAUGAGCAUUAUUUCUAAUGUUUUUCACUUAUCUUUUUCAUUUUACCAAAAUGUAAUCUCAUGGACAUUUUCUGACGGCUUAUUUUAUAUUUUGCCGAUUAUGUAAUUAAAAAAAACAAUAGCAAUAUCUAUGUGUGUAAAGGGAUACUUAAGAGAUGCUGUGUGUAGUGCUUCAAAGAAAUAAAACGGG